AUGUCAAGAGUGCCAAGAAGUUUUAGGUUAUUAGAAGAAUUGGAGAAAGGUGAGAAGGGACUGGGACCAGAAUCCUGCAGUUAUGGUCUAGCUAAUGGCGAGGAUAUUACAAUGACGACAUGGAACGGUACUAUUUUAGGCCCUCCUCAUAGCAAUCAUGAAAACAGAAUUUAUUCAGUGGUUAUAAAAUGUGGUGAUGAAUAUCCUGACAAACCUCCUACAGUUAAAUUUAUCUCUAAGAUCAAUCUCCCAUGUGUGGACCAGGCUACAGGAGAGGUUGAAACAAAUAUGUUCCAUACUUUGCGUGAUUGGAAGAGAUCUUACACGAUGGAGACGUUACUACUAGAUUUGAGGAAGGAAAUGGCUUCGUCUACAAACAAGAAGCUACCACAGCCUCCAGAAGGUAGCACAUUUUAA